GCUGUCACUGUCUGCUCGUUGGACAGAGGUGAACACAUAGUACUGGAGCUGGUCUCCAACACUGACUGGGAUUUGGCUUGGAAAGACCCUGCAGGCCGGGGGUGCAGUGGCCUUUGUGUGGGAUUCUACCUGCUGGGUUGAUAUUUAUAAUUCACUAUAUCCUGUGCAGGUUUAAACAGGGCAGGACUUCCUGAAAGCUUUAAACCAGAGGAACCGGAUUCACUCUGCAUACUCAGAGGUCAUCCCACUGACCAACUGCGAGGCCAUGUACCAGGCAGCUGUCUCCAAGCGAGCAGACAACACCAUCCCCAGCGGGGUCAUGGAGGAGUCGGAGGUCUGUUCCCUGCCUGGGGGACUACAGACCGAGGAAACAGCAACAUCACACAAUGUAACCCAGUUUCAUUUACAUCACAGAACUGUGCAGGAAAUGUCAAAGUCAGAGGUAACAGUGUCAAGCGCCAGCAGGCAGGUCGUCCCAGGCAGUCAGCAGCUAAACUUAAACCAAGAAACGAUGGUGUCAUACAGCAACAGUAACCUGGCAUCCAGUUAUGAAAACCAUCAAAAUGAAACAGAAGAGGAGUUUCCCAGGUACACUACAAAAGAACUGAGGGAUCACUUUGAAAGAACAAUAGAGGAAGCUGCUCCACACAAACCAGCUAUGAUUGGACGUGACAUCAAUCGAUCUAAGUGGUCCUCAAAUGUGACACAAAACAACUCAGUGACUAGUGAGGUCUAUGACACAUCCACUGCUGAACCAACAGAAGACACAACAGCUGCAGUGAUAGAUUAUGAGGACUUUCCGCCCCCACCAGCUGAGGAUUCGGACUAUCUUCCACCCCCACCUCCUGACUUACUACAAAUGCCAUCAGACAGUCAAAAUAUCCCAGUGAGCCAUUACUCACCUGAGCCUCCAGAACCAGCAAACCCCCCCAAAUACCCACUCAAUAGAGAGGCUUACUUCAAGCAAAGGAGUAUGUAUGAACUGAAACGUCUUUACAAGCACAUUCAUCCCGAGGUUCGUAGGAAUAUUGAAAAAGAGUACUACAAUGACAACAAUGAAACUGAGAACAACCAGUUAGAGAGCCAAGAGUAUGUGUAUGAGGAUGAUGGUGGUAGUCCCGAUGAGCUUAAUGAUGAAGAAUACAUGGAAUGGGAAGAGAUUCUUCCCGGGGAGGUGCAGGCGAUGCGUUGGAUGUUUGAAAAUAAGCCACUGGACACCAUCAAAGAUGAAACUCCUGAUGAGGAUGACGAUGACAAGAAAAUAACUCAGCAGGAAGUAAUUCUUGGAAAAGAUGUGAGACGCACAGCUUGGAUGUUUGAGACCAAGCCAAUGGAUGAGCUGGGUUCACAAAACAUCAACUCAACAGAUUAUAAAAACAAGUUCAACAAAUUUGACAAAGGAGAUGUCCGUGCUGCAGCAUGGUUGUUUGAAACCCAAACUAUGGACACUCUGAACAAAAUGCAUAAGGAAGAAGAUUUAACAAAAGAGAUUGUGUUCACAGAAGAGGAUGGAAAUGCUACCAUUUACAUGAUUGACAAUAAGUACAUGGAAAGCCUUGGGCACACUGAGACCAUUGACGAAAGCCACCUGCUGUGUCUUAGGUCAGUGUUAGAGGAAAUUAAUGGAGAAGUGAAAACUGUAACAAGUACUUUUGACACACAGUUUAAAUGCAUCAUUAUGGGACAAUCAAGCCAGAUGCUGGAGAUUAAGUCUGUGCGCAAAAUUGAAACUGAAUUAGAAAAUUCCAUUGCUUCACGUUGGCUUUUCGAUACCCAACCCCUUGACAUGACAAACAAAGAGCCUACAGCUUUGAAACUUGUGUGUAGUCUGUCCAUGGAGGACAGUAGUAAGGGAGACUGGGGCAGGUGGUUGUUUGAGAUAAAGACAUUAAAUUCUCUCAAUGAAUGGGAAAGCUCACAGAUGGAGAAGAAAGAGAUUGUCGGAGCUGAUGUGCGCAAGCACUGCUUAGUGUUUGAAACUCAGCCAAUGGAUUCUCUGAAGGAUGACUCCAAUUCCAGACCUCAGUCUAUUGAAGAAAUUAUUGGAGGCAAUGUGAGAUCUGCCAGGCACUUUUUUGAAAGCAGCCCUCAAGCAGCCAGGAAAAAUUGCCCAGAGGUUGGAAAACUUAAAAAGGCAUCAGUAAAUGAAGAAAUAAAAGGGGAUGUGAGACACCAAAAGUGGCGUUUUGAGAGUCAGCCUCUAGAGCACAUAAGAGAGGAGAAGAAAGAGCUUACGCGAACAGUGAAUAUUGAAGAUGACCUUACACAGGAGGAUGGUACAAGCUGCAAAGCAGACGUUCGUAAGAAUUGCUGGGUAUUUGAGACACAGCCAAUGGAUACUUUAAAAGAUGAUUCAAAUGCUCGCCCCUUGUCAAAAGAGGAAAUUAUUGCAGGUAAUGUGAGAUCAGCCAGACAUUAUUUUGAAACGAUUCCAACUGAGGAGUUGAAAGAACUUGCAGAUGUGGGCAAACUGAAAAAAACAGCAGCACUUAAUGAGGAAAAGGGUGAUGUUAGACAUCAGAAAUGGCGAUUUGAAAGCCAACCACUGGAAGAGAUUAGAGAGGAAAAGAAGGAAGUCAUCCGAACAAUUGACCUGGAAGAAAUUGAUAAAGUGGAUGUCUCAAACUACAAGCAAAUCUUUGAGAGCACAGAUUUAAAUAGGAUGGAUGAAUCACAGAAGAUUAUCGUUGAGGGUGUAAAGUCUGGCUCUGUAAAAUCAAAUAAAAACCUGUUUGAGUCUACACCACUUUACGCCAUGCAGGACAGCUCAGGCCACUUCCAUGAGGUGAGAACAGUGCGACGUGAGGAGGUUGUAAAAGGAGAUGUAACAACCUGCAAGUGGAUGUUUGAAACACGACCAAUUGACCAAUUUGAUGAAACCAUGAAUAAAUACCAAAUUAUCAAGGGUAUUUCCAAACAGGAAAUAGAAUCUGGUGAUGUGAAAACUGCAAAGUGGCUGUUUGAAACACAACCUCUUGAUGCUAUCAAGUACUUCAGCAACAUCGAAGAUGAAGAAAAUGCGGAGACGAGUACAAAUCAUGAUGUCAUGAAAGGUGAUGUGAAAACCUGUAAAUGGCUAUUUGAGACAAAACCAAUGGACAUCCUAUAUGAAAGAGUGGAGUUAAGGGGUGAAAAUGAAUCUGAAGAAAUGCGUAAGGGAGAUGUCAAAACAUGCACAUGGCUCUUUGAGACACAGGCACUUGAUACUAUCCAUGAUGAGACAGAGACAAUUCUGAAAACAUGCACAGUGAAUCAAGAGGACAUUAGAGGAAAGGAUGUAAGAAUGGCUUGUUUCCUCUUUGAGACGGAGAAACUGGAGAACCUCACCGGGGAGGAAACAGGCUCUUUUAAGUGUGUCACAGAGAUAGACAUUGCGUCUGGAGAUGUGUCAAGGAUGAAGUAUAUUUUUGAGAAUCAAACAUCUGAUAUCAUGACUUCUACAUCUGAGGAAGUAAUGCAAAAGCUCAAGAGAGUUCAGACUGAGGAUAUACAAAAAGGAAAUGUGGUGAGCUGCAAAUGGCUCUUUGAAAACCAAUCCAUAGAUACAAUACACGAACGCCAGGAGGAAUCUAUGAGUAGCCGCACAGUGAACGAUGUGCAAGGAGGAGACGUAGAUAAGGGCCGUUUCAUUUUUGAGACUUACUCCUUGGACAAAAUCCACGAGGGGGCCUCAGAGACAGAUACAGAGCUGAUGAAAAUACAAAGGAUUGUCCGAGAUGAAGAUGAGAGGGGCGAUGUGAAAAAUUACACCAUGAUGUUUGAAACUCAGCCCCUUUAUGCCAUUCAGGACAAAGAGGGCCAUUACCACGAGGUCACGACUGUCACAAGUGAGGAGGUGACACAAGGUGAUGUGGUGGGCACCCGGUGGUUGUUUGAAACCAAGCCUCUUGAUGCUAUUAAGGACACAGACGAGGUUUAUAUAAUCAAAUCUGUCACACAACAGGAUGUGCAGAGAGGAGAUGUCACCUCUGCAAAGUGGAAAUUUGAGACACAACCUCUUGACAGGAUUGCUGAAGAAGAGAAGGCUUUGAUAAAAACUGUUGAUGAUAUUCAAGGAGGCAAUGUUAGGAUGAAUAAACAUCGUUUUGAGUCUGAUGCCCUGUCACAGCAAUCUGUUAGAACUGUUAAUGUGAGCGAAAUACAAAAAGGUGAUGUUAGAACUGCAAAAUGGAGAUUUGAAACCCAGUCUAUUGAUAAAAUAAGGAGUAUGAGCUCUGAAAAUCUGAUUGAAACAGUUCAAAAGGAAGAGGUUGCAAAAGGAGAUGUGAAACAUUCGGUCUGGCUCUUUGAGAAAAAUCCUCUUGACCACAUUAAAGAGGUAGAUGAAGGCGAGGAUACAACCAUCACUCAAGAGGAGAUUCCCAAAGCAGAUGUAAAGACAACAACGUGGCUCUUUGAAACAACACCAUUUGAUGACUUUAAUGAGACAAAAAUGGAGAGGACUGAAAUCCUGGGCAAGAGUGUCAAGGGAACACUUGAGGAGCUUUAUAGUCAAAAAAUGGUGAAGUCUAAAGGAAUACUCAUUGAAGCUGAUGAAAUUGGCGAUGUUAGGAUGGCAAAAUACCAGUUAAUGAAUAAGCAGGCUCCAGAGAUUCAACGAGAGGAAGUCAUCAGGGGAGAUCUGCAGACUAUUAUGAUGAACCUACUGAACAGACAGGAAAGAAGUGAGCGGCAGAUAGUCAUAGAUUCAGAGGAGAAGGGUAAUAUCAGUUCAACAGUACAGCAGCUUUUCAACCAACAGAGAGACAGCAGUGUGGAAAGGGAGGAAGUAUUACGAGGAGAUAUUCGGGAAGCUAUAAACAACCUUUUCAAUGGGGAUGGGUCAGUGAAACAUGGCAUACUCAUCCAGGAGGAUGAAAAAGGAGAUGUACAGAUGACAAUAUAUUCCCUUCUCAAUAAACAAGACAGUGUCAAUGUUGAAAAAGAAGACAUUGUAAGAGGGGAUAUAAAGAGUGCUCUUCAAAGACUGUCCAGCUCAGACAAGACAGAUCAGACAGCGAAGAUAAAGGUAGAUGACACAGAAAAAGGAAAUGUCAACUUUUAUUCCACAUGCAUUGAAUCUGGAGCACUUGACUAUCUUAAACAGCUCCACUUAGGACCUGAUGAGACUUCAACUGAUGGAGCAGAAAAAGAGAAAAUCCUUGGAGGUAACAUCAAAGGCACAAAGCUCAUCCUCAGUCAUAAUCAAACGCAAAUUGAACGUACAGUAGAAGAUGUUAUACCUGGUGACGUUCACAGCACAGUUAAAGUUUUCAUGUCAGAGCCAACUCUCUCAUUGGAGAGACUCCAAAAGGAGGAGAUAGUCAAGGGUGAUUUAAGAGCUGCUUUGAAUUCAUUGUCUGAAUCAAUGAAUCAGACAGUUGUUGUGGAGAAAGAGGAGGUGGUGAAAGGAAACAUACCAAAAGCUCUGCGGUGUUUGGAGAAGGCUCAGAAGCGCUACAAGGAGGUGGAUAAGCCAGAUAUCAUACCAGGAAAUAUCAAAGGGGCUCUGAGAUCUCUUGAGAAAUCAGCAACAUCCAAAGCUGAAGUUGUUGUGGAGGAUUUAGUUGCUGGAGAUGUAAAGGCCACACUAAAAUCUCUGGAGCGGGCAAAGCAAGCAGUAAGGGAAGUUGAAAAGGAGGAAAUUGUGAGGGGUGAUAUUCACACAGCAAUGCAAAAUCUACAGGAUGCCUCCAAUGAAAGGAAAAAGUGUCAGCAGGAAAUAGAUGUGCAGGGAGACGUUAAAGGAACAAUUCAGCUCUUGAUGGAGCCUCCACCUUCACCAAGGAUGCAAAGGAGCCCAAGCCUUGAGAAUGAAAUAAAGGGUGAUGUCAAGAUGUCAAUUAAGUCAUUAUAUGAGACACAGGAGCAAACCCAGAUGGAGAAAGAAGAAGUGAUAAAGGGUGAUGUUAAAGGCACUAUCAAAUCAUUAUUGGAGACAGCACAGCGUGAAACACCCAAAGUCAGACUUGGGGCAUACAGAAGAGUUCGAGUCAAACAGAGCCCUCCAGUUAAAAACCUAAAUGCUGAUGCACGGAGGAACAUACAAAAGAUAAAAACAGCUAAUUUGGUUGAAACAACACAGGAAAAUCACUCCCUCCUUAAUGAAACUAAAACAGCUGAAGAAAAGUCAUGCACUGUACAGCAGUCUGCUCAGCAAUCAACAACUGUGGUGGAACAUAAAACUAUUAUCCAAAACCAUGGUAUCAAAACAUUAAAGACAGAGUUUCGUAAUUUAAAGUCUAACCCAAAGGGAAUGAUAAAAUUAGAUAAAACCAAAGUGAAAACUGAUGUUUACAUCUUAAAACCAGUGCCAGAGCCUGAUUUGCCUCUCCCACCUCCACCUCCUCCAGUGGUUGAUGCUGAUCUUCCUCCUCCUCCUCCCACUCCUCCUCCUCCCUCUGUUGAUUCUGACAUUGAACACCUUCCUCCUCCACCACCACCACUCACUGAGCAGGAUUUCCUCCCACCUCCUCCAUCUCAACAAGAACUAGAGAGUAUGCCGACACAGGCAAUAAAUUCUUCACCAGCAAAAGCAAAAAAGAUGACAGUCAAAAAAGUGAGAGGUCCAGCUUUACACCCAGUCCCAAAACUGGAGCCUAAAGUGGACUUAAGUAAAACACAACAGGUAGAGGUGACAUCAGAGAAAGUGGUAGAAAUGAGCCAAAACCAAUCAAAGACAACAACAACAAUGACUGUUUCAUGUGAAAUCCCUCCACCGCCUGAGUCACCACGACCAUUAAAGAAAGUUUGCAUCUCUCCUGUGAAAUUUACCCCUCCAGCUUCCCCUCCUCCCGGCAUGAAAGGGAAAAUGAGCAAAUUUAACACUCCUCUGAUAAAAGCAGAAGAGAAGUACCGGAAGCUGAGGGAGGAAAACACACCCCCAACCACUCCAACUCCCACUUACAUACAUGACUCAGUUACUGCAGCUUUUGAAAUGCUUUCCAACAAAGACAUUGAGCAGUCAAAUAACAAUACAUCAGAAAUCACACAGCAGGACGCUGAAAAGACAACUUUCACUGUUCAUUCAGACUUACUGCCAUCUGAUUUAUCCAAGCAUGUUGUUAAUACCACCAAGCAAUGUCAGUGCAGUCAUGAGAAAAUGCUCACUGAUUCUAUGAUUACAUCCAAGGCUAAACAACAAAUUGUCUCUAAUGAGACUUCCAAGGUUGUCUCCAUUCAAAAGACUUCAUCUGUCUCGGCUGUUAGACAACAGAUGCAUUCAACAACACAGAAAACAGUUUCUGUUUCCUCCAGACAGUCUUCUCCAUUUGUCAUUACUGACAAAGUCCAGACCUCAAACACUGAUGUUGCACAAGCAGAAAAUAUGACUGCUGAUUUAAAGAAAGACUCUAAAAAUCAGAAAACAAAGGGCUCCAACAAAUCUGAAGAUAAAAAGAAAGAUGAAAUGUAUUCUGAUAAAAUCCCUGUUCAAAUAGUAAAACCUGAAAUAGCUGUCACUACUGAGGAGAAUGUAAAAUCAGGCAAGUCACAAUCUGAGAACAAGAAGAUGAAAGAUAACACAGCACCUACAUUAACCAAUAACCUUCGCAAUCAGUCCUCCAAAAAGGAAAAUAUCACCUCAGACAAAAAUGUAAAGGAGUCCCAAUCUCCACAAUGUGAUAACAAGAAGAAAAAUGAUCAUUCUCCUACUAAAGGCAAUAGGAAAGUUUCUGAUCAGCCAAUGCAAACAGAAAAGACAGUUGCAAAUACAAAUGGAAAAACAGACAAACCAAACCAAAAGGUGAAAAAGAACAAUAAACAAGAAAAGCAAGCAGAGACAAAAAUGUCCAAUGAGAGUGAGAAACAGAGUGUUUCUCAAGAUGUGAAGGUGGAAAUAAUGGAAACUGCUGAAGCCAGUGAAGUUAAAACAGAAUUAAAACAGGGGAUUAGGAAAGUUACAUCCUCUCCUGCUACUGCCUCAGCGCCUGCUGUUACUGAGAUCAUAACUGACAGCCAACUAGAAACUCAGAGUCCAGCAAAGAAGAAAAAGAAGUCCAAAAAGUCUAAAGGGGGUGCACAGUCAGGUCAAGGUAAAGAUAGUUCCACAGCAUCAAAGACAGAAGCUACAGAGACAGUAACAUCUGAAAAAUCCCAUCAAACUCAGGAAACAAUUGCGAUUGCCCAAAUUCACAAUAGUGUAAAAGAAGAGCACAUUCAAGUCAAGAGAGAAGUCAUUAUCACAGAAAGUAAAGACAAUUUGAAUUCCCAGCAACAAAAAGCAGUUCAAAAGCAUGUGAAGGCAUCUCAAAAGAAGAAAGGAGUGACAGUUAUUCAGCAGAGCACAGAGGAACCACCAGAAGAGAGUAAGGAUGUCCCAAUUACAGUGACAGGCAAAUCAGAACAAAAUCAGUUGGUCAAGUCCACAACAGGGAGAACAGAAGAAUCUCAGAGGCAAGAGGUCCGAGUGUUAAUCUCUCACAUCAGAGAGAUACAUAGAGUUUCAGAAAAUGAUUCUAAAUCCUUGAAGACUCUGCUCAACUCUGUCCCAGAUUGGCUCAUGAGUCCAGAGAGAAAAUGUGAACUGGAGGAAUCUGUGGUGGAAAGUGAUGCACAUAGAAAUGAAGAAAUUCUCUCACAUGUGAGGAAGCUAGCAGAGACUAAAUUAAUGCAUUUAGAAGAUAAUGAGACAGUGGAGAAGCACGAAUGUGAGCCAGUUUCUGAGACACGCAUUACUGGUGGGGCAACACCAAGAAUAUCCAAGAUCAGUAUUGGUUCUGCCAAAAUUGAGAACCAGAUGAAGAAGAAGAGCUCUCAAGAAAAAAGGAAGGAAGAGGUGAGCCCAUGCAAGUCUGUUGAUCUCCGGGCUCCCUCGCCAUCACUGAGGAUGCGUUCUCCCUCACCGACGUUUAUCACCAUCGAAUCCACACGAAGAACUGAAUCACCCCAGAGGGUAACUCCGUCACCUACCAUACUGCACAGGCCACCCACACCUCCCACGCCACCACCACGCAGGUGUGACACCCCGACAUCACGACUUACUAGAAUCACACCACCUCCAACUUUUGACAGAGCAGAAAAUUUGGCUCGACUCAAAGACACGACAGCCAAGCUCUUGCGUGGCGUCACCCCACCACCCAUUCUCUCUCCCCAACAGAUCUCAGAGAAAAAAUCAGAGAUUGUGGAAUCUCCUGCAUCAUUCCAUCGGCAAAUCAAAAUCGAGUCCCAAGUUGCGGAGGCCUCAGGGACACCACUUAGAACAGAAAAGCCCAAAAAGAGUUUAUCUGAGGAGGCUCAGUGGGCACAUGCAGGAGAGGAUCAAGGAAAUAUUUCAGAGGGUCUGAAUGCAAAUGAAAUACAACAUAACUCUGAGACCCAUACACUAUGGUGUCAAAAUGACCCAGAUCUUGUUGAAGCUUCAGAUAUUUCAGAGCCAUCAUCUGCAUCUGUCAAAGAAAAGAGAGAGUUUUUUGAAGGGGCCCAAAAGGCUGAAGUUAAUAAGACCUAUGUACGAAAGGAGCCUAUUGCUAUACCGGAACGACUGGGCCCAGACAUGGAGGACUGUGAGGCAGAAAAUAAGAACAAAGAAAAGGAUGAGCUUCCCCGGGCUGACUUGUCUAGUCUUGUAAACAAAUUUGAAUCACCAGAAGAGAAAAUAUAUAUCAAAAAAGAGCUUAUCCCACUUGCAGAGCGGCUUCACAAUGACACUGAAAGCACAGAUUGUGACAAAGAGAAAGUAGACAUCCUGGAACAGGGAAUGCCAACUUUUGACAUCCAGGCUAUUAAAAAUGUUUUUGAACUGGGUGAGCAAAGUUCCUUAUUCAGGGAAGAGAAAAAGGAUCAGGAGGAGCCUGUGUCAAGCCUGAGUGAAACAAUGGCAGACACUUCAAAGCGGGAAAGUCCUCAAGAGACAAAGGGAGGCUCACGGCAGAGCACCCCCCUCCCUCUGCAGAAAAAUGAGGUAGAAACUGUGCCAGCAGAACCAUCAGGCUUCUCUGAAACCAAAUCCUUCACGGAACAUUUCUCAAAUGUUGAUGCGUUUGGUAACAAGGUCACCGGAGUAAGGACAGCUGUCACUGAGCACUCCGAGAGUGUGACAGCCCAACGGGCUCCUUUUUCCUACGCCGAUGCAGUUAAAAGAAAAGCUGCAGCAGCAGCGAGGCGAACAGAAACAUAUGAUGAAGAUGCUACUGAGAAGCUGCUGAGGAAUUUCCACAAAACAUGGACAGAGAGUGAGACAGUUUUCAAAAGUCUUGGCUACACCAUUUCUGAAGAGACGACAUCACAAGUCACAAAGAUUGUCUCAUCUGGUUCGAGUUCCGAAGUCGGAGCUCUGCACAGUAUGUCGGAGGAGAGCUUAUCCGAUGGAUGCUCUGAUAGUGGACAAAAAAAAGUACCAUAAAUCCUGUUUCUGCUGUGAGCACUGCAGAAAUAAAUUGAGCCUAGGAAAUUACGUCUCUCUCCAUGGACACUUCUACUGUCUACACCAUUACAAACAACUCCUCAAGUCCAAAGGGAAUUACGAUAAUGGACUUGGACAGAAACCUCCCGCAGGAAGUGGUGGACCUAUCCCCUCAGAUGAGAAACUUG